AUGACUGAUCUCUUAGCCCAGGUGGUGCAACAACAGGGCCCCAACCCUGUUCUACCAGUUGGUAACCCUGGAAACCCUGGAAAUCACGUCGAGAGCGAGGAUCGAACUCUCGAACGGUUUCAAAAAUUCUCUCCACCAAAGUUUCUUGGAGGGUCCGAUCCGGAUGUGGCCGAACAGUGGUUAGAAAAGAUGAUAGACAUUUUUGCCGCUCUACAUUACUCGGAGGAGAGGCAAGUUACUUUUGCGGUCUUUCAAUUAGAAGGGGCCGCUCGCUCUUGGUGGAAUAUUAUCCGGACGAAAUGGGAGCGAGAACAGAUACCAAGAACGUGGGUGAACUUUGUAAGGGAGUUCAAUGCCAAGUACUUUCCGCCAUUGGUCCAGGAGAAGAAGGAAGACGAGUUCAUUCGACUUCGCCAAGACACCCAAUCUGUGCCUAAAUACGAGAGCCAGUUUACCCGCUUGUCCAAAUUCGCUCCUGAACUUAUUCUAAUCGAACAAAGGAGGGCAAGAUGUUUCCUUCAGGGGCUUAACGUAGAAAUUCAAAAGGAUUUGGCCGUGGCCCAAAUUACCACUUUUAGUAAUGUAGUUGAGAAAGCCUUACGAUCUGAGAAUGCCAGGCUUCAAGUGAGGAACUUUCAAAAUAGAAAACGUGGAGCUUCUGGGAGUAGCUCAACUCAAGGGGAUAAAGGUACCCCUCCCAAAUUUGGAAGGGGAGCCAAAGGGGGACGGUUCUCGGGGACGGCAAGAGGGACUCCAUCCCGAGGUGGCCAAUCGGGACGAGGCCAGCAGAGAAACGCCUCGCAAGGGAGUUCAGCCAUCGUUUCUCGUGGACCGUGUAGCUUCUGUGGGAAAUUAAACCACACAGAAGACGACUGUUGGAGGAAGCAGAACAAGUGCUUACACUGUAGGAGUACGGAGCACCAGCUCGCCAGUUGUACGGUCCAGUCUCGGGAAGCGAGAGGAACUACUCAGUCGUCGAAGGCUACCUCAGGUCAGUCAUGGGUAGAAGGAGCAAAAUCGAAGGUGCCUGCUCGAAUAUACUCCAUCGAGCAACGUCCGGUUCCUGACUCGGCAGAGGUGGUGGAAGGUACGAUCCCUAUCUUCCACCGCCUAACUAGAAUUUUGAUAGACUCUGGUGCCACCCAUUCCUUCGUUAACCCUGAGUUUAUGUGUGGAAUCGAUAUACACCCUGUCACUCUCCCCUAUGAGCUGGAAGUUAGUACCUCUACGGGGGACCAAUGUUUGAUUUCUAGCAAAAUAUAUAUAAAUUGUGAAAUUUGGGUAGGAGAGAGAAAGUUGUUGGGGAAUUCGAUAAGUUUGGCCAUUAAGGGGUACAAUGUGAUAUUGGGCAUGGAUUGGUUGGCUCGAUAUGAUGUCCAAUUAGAUUGUAAGAGAAAAAUUGUAGAAUUUCGUAUCCCUGGGGAGGCAACUUUGAGAUUAGAUGUGAGGGGCAGUGUAGCCUUAUCUGCUAUGAUUUCGGGAAUUCAGGCUAGAAAACUACUGAGUAGAGGGGCACAAGGGUUCCUAACUUUUCUUAUUAACACUCCUACCGAUAAACUAAAAAUAGAAGAUGUUUCCGUAGUGAGUGAAUAUCCAGACGUAUUUCCCGAUGAGUUAGUGAAUUUACCUUCGGAAAGAGAGAUUGAGUUUGAAAUUAACCUAUUACUGGGGGCUUCCCCUAUUUCCAAGACUCCCUACCGAAUGGCACCUACUGAACUCAAAGAGUUGAAGUUGCAGUUGCAAGACCUUUUAGAGCGAGAUUUUAUUCAUGAGAGCGGAUCACCUUGGGGGGCACCUGUUCUUUUUGUUAAGAAGAAGAAUGGGACCUUGAAACUGUGUAUCGAUUACCAAGGGUUGAACAACAUGACCAUUAAGAAUAAGUAUCCAUUGCCCCACAUUAAUGAGUUAUUUGACCAGUUGCAAGGUGUGAUGGUCUUUUCUAAGUUAGAUCUUCGACAGGGAUACUAUCAAUUGUUGAUUAGGAAGGAAGAUGUCCUAAGACUGCCUUCAAUUCUCGGUAUGGGCAUUACGAAUUCGUCGUGA